AAUACGGGUAUGUUUUGAAGAGGAGGGGGUGCAACGAUGUUUUGGAAACUGGGCUGACUCGAGCGUUCAAAACCGUGACAAAACGAAUCACGGUCACGUUUGUGGAAUACAUUUGCCGGCAGAGAUAUUUCUUCUCUGAGGGAAUAUGUGAAAUCUUACUUUUGUCGUGUGCCUUUUCCUUUCUGGAGUGAAAAGAAGCGUGUGGGAAAGAUGGCGCGCGCUCCGGCUAACUUUGGUCUAGCUGUGGCUGUGCUGGUCGCGCUGGUGCUCAGACUUCCAAACGCCAAAGCCGAGCCUAAUGUUAAACAGGAGGAGAGGUCUUGUCAAGGUGCCUUCGACUUGUAUUUUGUCCUCGACAAAUCUGGAAGUGUCAAACAUCACUGGAUUGAGAUCUACUCAUUUGUGGAACAUCUAGCAGAGAAAUUUAUAAGCCCAAUGCUAAGGAUGUCAUUCAUUGUCUUCUCUACACGUGGAAAUACCAUCAUGAGACUAACUGAGAAUAGAGAUGACAUUAACAAAGGCCUGAGUAUGCUGAAAAGAGAGGUACCAGGAGGUGACACAUUUUUGAAUCUUGGAUUACAGAAGGCAAAUGAGCAAAUAUAUCAUGGAAAAUACAAGACAGCCAGUGUUAUCAUUGCUUUGACAGAUGGAGAGUUAAACACAAAUCAGUUCAUCACAGCCCAGCAAGAGGCACAGAGGGCCAGGUCUUUGGGAGCCAUAGUGUACUGUGUGGGGGUGAAAGACUUCAAUCAGACACAGCUGGCCACCAUUGCAGACACUAUUGAGCAUGUGUUCCCUGUCGUGGGAGGUUUCCAGGCCCUGAGGGGAAUGAUCGAUUCUAUCAUCAAAAAGUCAUGCAUUGAGAUUUUAGCAGCUGAGCCUUCAAGCGUGUGCGCUGGAGAGUCGUUCCAAGUGGUUGUGAAGGGGAAUGGAUUUUUGCAUGCUAGAAACACUGAUCAGGUCUUAUGCAGCUUUAAAGUCAAUGACACAGUCACCAUGAAUGAGAAACCUGUAAACAUUGAAGACACACUCCUGCUUUGCCCAGCACCGGUGAUAGAUGAAGUUGGAAAGGUGAUAUAUCUCCAAGUCAGCAUGAAUGAAGGCUUUUCCUACAUCACUAGUGCAGUGCACAUCACCACCACAGAAUGUUUUGACGGCACCAUUGUCUUCCUGGCCUUGCUGGUGAUCUUCCUGCUGGUGGGUUUGCUGCUGUUGUGGUGGUUUUGGCCUCUGUGCUGCACUGUGGUCAUCAAAGAGCCACCUCCACCGCCACCACCUGAGCCUGAGUCUGAUGAUGAGGAUGGGAUGCCAAAGAAGAAAUGGCCUACGGUAGAUGCCUCAUACUAUGGAGGCAGAGGAGUUGGAGGUAUUAAACGAAUGGAGGUGCGCUGGGGAGAUAAAGGCUCUACAGAAGAAGGGGCUAAGUUGGAAAAGCCCAAGAAUGCAGUGGUGAAGAUGCCUGAGCAGGAGUUUGAGCCCUACGAGCCCAAACCCAAAAGGCCUCCCAGAAACCAGGCUGCCCCAAGGAGAUGGUACUCUCCCAUUAAGGGGAAACUGGACGCUCUGUGGGCUCUGUUCCGCCGUGGAUACGACCAAGUGUCUCUAAUGAGACCCCAGCCUGGAGAUCAGGGUCGAUGCAUCAACUUUACACGGGUGAAAGAGGAGGCAGUCCGAGCACCAUUGCGCCAGCCUCCACCACCUCCACCACCCCCACCGGACCGCCAGCCCCUGGUGCGCCCCACCUCAGCCCCUCCCAACAGACCACCCUCCCGUGGACCCUCCAUCAGCCGUUCACCCAUGGACGCCCCCCCAGCCAGAGCACCCCCAGGCCCCCCAAGACAGCCUCCCUCUCGCCCCCCACCCUGUCCUGGGAACCGGCGCUGAGAACAAUGGAGAACUUUCAUCACCCUAAAUUCUGUCUUUACCAACAUAAAUGCUGGUAUUUAUCUUUAAGCCACUGGCUUGCAGCGCUAGAAUUUUAGAUUUGUUGCUGGACAGCAAAAAUGAA